AUGGCCACAGCAACUGAAACGCUGCCCGUCCUGCUUCGCGUCGGCUGCGUUGGCUUGGUGUUGGCGUGCAACGCGGUGAUGUGGACGGUCUUCGCGAAAGCCCUGCGACUCUCCUCCUCCUCAGCCGCUGCCUCUGUGACGAUGACGGCCUCCAACUUCAUCUCCUCGCUGCCCGUCCUGCUUCGCGUCGGCUGCGUUGGCUUGGUGUUGGCGUGCAACGCGGUGAUGUGGACGGUCUUCGCGAAAGCCCUGCGACUCUCCUCCUCCUCAGCCGCUGCCUCUGUGACGAUGACGGCCUCCAACUUCAUCUCCUCGGCCAUGCUGGGCAGACUUCUCUUCGGGGAGACGUGGACGCCUCUGUGGUGGGUCGGCCUCGCCGUGACGCUCUGUGGCCUCGUGCUGCUGCACACAGCUGCACCCCGGAUGGCGUGGCUUCCAGUGGAGAAGAAGGAGGCAUGAUGACUGCCAGAGGGGGCACGGUGCCAUGCCACCCCUCGCCAGCCUAUCUCCAGCUAUGGACCUGGUGACCCUGCUCACCUGCUGGUCUACCAACUUGCAAAGUCAUCCUGGCUGCCUCUUUCCCGGCAGUGGUGUGGUGGCAGUGACAGCCUCGGAGGGAGCUGGUCCACUCUGAGUCAGUAUUGUGGAAAUCGGGACCAGAGGCUUAUCAGCCACUCCUCCUCUUCACACUCUGCGGCUGCAGAGCUUUCCCAGUUCAGGGAAGGCUGAAAGUAAACAUGGUGGCUGUAGAAGGUGCCUGUGCAUCAGUACUUUUCCAUAAGAGGACCCUUCCCGAAAUAGAAAAGCAAUCAGAAGUAGACUGGAGGCAGCUGAUAUUUCUUCUCUGCUGUUCCUGACUUUCUGCCUCUUGAAAUAACCCUGUACCUGCCCUAAAGUCCUGUUGCCCGUAAGGCUGUGGAGCCUCUCGAUUCCUUCUGCUUCCUUUAUCAGUCACAUAGACCUUUUAAUUUGCCAUUUGUAUCUGAGGCCUAUAAUUGCCACUUACCCAUUCCUGAUGUGUUACUCACUGUAAAGUUGUUGCUCUUUCCUUUAAAAUUAACCAGGAUGGGUUUUGAUCACCAUUCCUGAUUUGAUCACCAUUCCUGGUUUUUAUAUUUCCUGGACUGUAUUUUUUGGAGAAUACAGCCAGCUGCAUGUGAAUAGGCAGCUGCUUUCACUGAGGUUGUCCAUGUUCAGCACGUUCCAUCUUCCCCUGCCCCUGCUUGCUUAAGUUGACAAUUACGUUAACAUUUGGUAAAAUUGGGUUUCUCAGUUAUCAUUUUGUUACACCUCUGGAUGAUGCUGAUUUGCAUUUGUGCAAUGUGAUCAACCAGAUCACUGGUACCCAUAGGUGUGCUACCUUCAGGGCCAGGGAUGACUGUGUGGUCAGGAUGAGAUGCCUGCUAACGCGCUCUGCGUGUCAGGAAUCGUCAUUUCUAAGGUAUCGACUUCUUUCCCAUGCCCACACAUGUUGUUUUACUGGGGGAAUUUUUUAGUUGCAAUCCUAAUCGAGAAAUAAAAUGAUGCCUAGAAAUGCA